ACAGAGAGAGUCCGGCUGAUAUUCAUAGGUAUCAUUGGAACAGAGCUGAACGCUGGCUGUCAUCUUCAACAAAGACACGGGCGCACUGUCUCCAUAGUGAUGCCUUGUAUCAGACUUAUAUCAGACUUAGGUUGUGCCAUGCAUUUAAGGAAUACGUAAACCGUGUGUGCCAGGAGAAGCCUUUUGCGCCAGUGUGCGCAUUCGGAGAGGCGCAUUAGCCGUGAUCAGACUGCGGCUUCACUGGAUCAUCGGACCCUGCUUUGGCAUUUAUUCUUUUUUUUCAGUUUUAUUCAUUUUGAAAUAUAAUGUUGCAUCUUACAGCUGACAGGCUGUUUGUUGGAUUGCUCUUUUUGGGGUUCUUGCACAGUUUGGAGGUGAUUCUUCCCGCAAGGGCAAUAGAUGCUCCAAAAACCUGCAGCCCCAAACAGUUUGUAUGCAGGGAUCAGGUGACGUGUAUCUCAAAAGGCUGGCGGUGUGAUGGGGAGAAGGACUGCCCGGACGGAUCGGACGAGGGCCCAGAUGUCUGUUCUCAUAGCCGUGUGUCGCGGUGUCCUCCUAAUGAACAUCAGUGUUUGGGCUCAGAGACGUGUGUUCACAUGAGUAAGCUGUGUAAUGGUGUUCCAGACUGCACUGAUGGAGGAGAUGAAGGUCCUCACUGUCGAGAACUGGCGCACAACUGUACUCUCGCCGGUUGCCAAGACAGCUGUGCUGUAAGCCGCACUGAGUCCAUGUGUUACUGCAAGAGUGGAUAUGAGAUCAGCCAAGAUGGAAAAACCUGUAAAGACUUUGAUGAGUGUACGAUAUACGGGACCUGCAGUCAGACGUGUACAAACACAGAGGGCUCAUACUCGUGCUCCUGUGUAGAAGGUUAUCUAGUCCAACCAGACAACCGCUCCUGCAAGGCCAAGAACGUGCCUGUGGAACGUCUGCCUGUGUUAGUCAUCGCAAACUCUCAGAACAUACAAAUCACGUCUUUGAGCGGCUCCGGCAGCCCGUCCCUCUACACAACCACAAAACAGACAACGGCCAUGGACUUCCUGUACGCACAGGAAACGGUCUGCUGGAUCAAUGUCGGCGAUUCACCCCCAGGCACACAUCUGAAGUGUGCUAAGAUAACAGGACUCAAGAGCUUCACAGAGGAGAGGAUCAUCAACAUCACUUUCAGCUUACAUCAUGUGGAGCAGAUAGCUAUCGACUGGCUAACAGGAAAUUUCUACUUUGUUGAUGAUGUGGAUGAUCGAAUCUUUGUAUGUGAUAAAGAUGGAGCCACAUGUGUGACACUGCUGGAUCAGGAGCUCUAUAACCCAAAAGGAAUAGCUCUGGACCCCACAAUGGGAAAGGUUUUCUUCACGGACUAUGGGCAGAUCCCAAAGGUGGAACGCUGUGACAUGGAUGGGCAGAACCGGACAAAACUUGUGGACAGUAAAAUUGUUUUCCCCCAUGGCAUCACCCUUGACCUGGUCAACAGGUUGGUCUACUGGGCUGAUGCGUAUCUGGAUUACAUUGAAGUAGUGGAUUACGAGGGCAAGAACAGACACACCAUCAUUCAAGGACUUCUGAUUGAGCAUCUUUACGGGCUCACCGUGUUUGAGAACUAUCUGUAUGCCACAAACUCAGAUAAUGCCAACAUGCAGCCAAAGACCAGUGUCAUACGUGUGAAUCGCUUCAACAGUUCAGAUUAUCAGGUGGUCACCCGUGUGGACAAGGGUGGAGCGCUGCACGUUUACCACCAGAGACGUCAGCCUCCUGUACGGAGUCACGCCUGUGAGCCGGAUCAGUUUGGAAAAGCCGGAGGCUGUUCAGACAUCUGUCUUUUGGGUAACAGCCACAAGAGCCGGACGUGUCGCUGUCGCUCUGGAUUCAGUCUGGGGAACGAUGGAAAAUCAUGCAAGAAGCCUGAGCACGAGUUAUUCCUGGUGUACGGAAAGGGUCGUCCAGGUGUUAUCCGAGGGAUGGACAUCAAACCUAAAGUUCAAGAUGAAUACAUGAUCCCAAUUGAGAACCUGAUGAACCCUCGAGCUCUGGACUUUCACGCUCAAAGUAACUUCAUCUACUUUGCUGAUGCCACCAGCUACCUGAUAGGACGUCAGAAGAUUGACGGCACAGAAAGAGACAUCAUCCUUAAAGAAGGUAUUCACACUGUUGAGGGCAUUGCUGUAGACUGGAUGGCCAAUAACCUCUACUGGACAGAUGAUGGUCCUAAGAAGACUAUAAGUGUUGCACGUUUGGAGAAAGCUUCUCAGACUAAGAAGACUCUUAUUGAGGGCAAGAUGACCCAUCCUAGAGCUAUUGUGGUGGACCCUCGACAUGGCUGGAUGUACUGGACUGACUGGGAGGAGGACCCAAAAGAGAGCAAGAGAGGGAAGAUUGAGAGGUCCUGGAUGGACGGCACCAAUCGAAAUGUUUUGCUGACGUCUAAGACAGUUCUGUGGCCCAACGGUUUGAGUUUGGAUAUCCCUCAAGGGAUCCUCUACUGGGUAGACGCUUAUUAUGAUCGAAUUGAGAUGAUCUACCUCAAUACCACCGCACGCAAGACGGUUUAUGAUGGACAGGAGCUAAGUCACGCCUUCGGCCUGUGCCACUACAAAAACUUCCUGUUCUGGAACGAAUAUCGCAGCGGCAGCAUAUAUAAACUGGACCAAGCCACCAAAACAGUCACCUUGUUACGCAACGAGCGCCCGCCCAUCUUUGAGAUUCGCAUGUAUGAUGCUCAGCAGCAGCUAGGCAGUAAUGCAUGUCGAGCGAAUAACGGCGGUUGUAGCAGUCUGUGUUUGGCUACGCCGACUGGGCGGUCAUGUGCUUGUGCCGAGGAUCAGUUAUUGGAUCCUGCAGAUAACACCAGCUGUAAAGCAAACCCCUCGUACAUCCCUCCACCACAGUGCCAGCCCGGAGAGUUCGCUUGUAAGAAUAACCGCUGUAUUCAGGACCGCUGGAAGUGUGACGGAGACAACGACUGUCUGGAUAACAGCGAUGAGACCGCUGAACUCUGCCAUCAGCACACGUGUCCCGCAGACCGCUUCAAAUGUCAGAAUAACCGCUGCAUCCCCAUGCGCUGGCUGUGUGAUGGAGACAAUGACUGUGGUAAUGAUGAGGAUGAAUCCAACACCACUUGCUCAGCUCGCACGUGUCCUCCGCACCAGUUCUCGUGUGCCAGCGGCCGCUGUAUUCCCAACUCAUGGACAUGUGAUCUGGAUGAUGACUGUGGAGAUCGAUCCGAUGAGCCUGCAUCCUGCGCAUACCCAACCUGUUUCCCACUCACUCAGUUCACCUGUAAUAACGGACGUUGCAUUAACAUCAACUGGCGCUGUGAUAACGACAAUGACUGUGGUGAUAACAGUGAUGAAGCUGGCUGCAGUCAUUCAUGCUCCAGUGCGCAGUUUAAAUGCAACAGCGGCCGCUGCAUUCCUGACUACUGGACGUGUGACGGAGACAAUGACUGCGGUGACUACAGCGAUGAGACUCACGCCAACUGCACUAACCAGGCGACUCGUCCUCCCGGCGGCUGUCAUACAGAUGAGUUUCAGUGUCGUAUGGAUGGAUUAUGUAUUCCUCUCCGCUGGCGUUGUGAUGGAGACACAGACUGCAUGGAUCUGAGCGAUGAGAAGAAUUGUGAGGGUGUAACACACAUGUGCGAUCCAGCGGUGAAGUUUGGCUGCAGGGACUCAGCGCGAUGUAUCAGUAAAGCGUGGGUGUGUGAUGGAGACAGUGAUUGUGAAGAUAACUCUGAUGAAGAUAACUGCGAGGCACUGGUGUGUAAACUCUCCCAUCAUGUCUGUGCUAAUGACACCAACAUCUGUCUGCCUGCCGACAAGCUCUGUGAUGGUAAAGACGAUUGUCCCGACGGCUCCGAUGAGAAACUCUGUGACCUGUGCUCUUUGGACAAUGGUGGCUGCAGUCAUAACUGUACGGUGGCACCGGGUGAGGGCAUUCUGUGCUCGUGCCCGCUUGGCAUGGAACUGGGCUCUGAUAACAAGACUUGUCAGAUCCAGGGCUUCUGUGCCAAACACCUGAAGUGCAGCCAGCGAUGUGAACAGGACAAGUUCAAUGUCAAGUGCUCCUGUUAUGAUGGAUGGGCUCUUGAACCUGACAUGGAGAGCUGCAGGAGCACAGAUCCGUUCAAACCAUUCAUCAUCUUCUCAAACCGGCAUGAGAUCCGACGGAUUGAUCUCCAUAAAGGAGAGUUUAGUGUGUUAGUGCCAGGCCUGAGAAACACCAUUGCUCUUGACUUUCAUCUGAACGAGAGCUCACUCUACUGGACUGAUGUUGUCGAGGACAAGAUUUACCGUGGGAAGCUGUCGGAGAACGGCGCACUGACCAGUUUCGAUGUGGUGAUCCAGUAUGGUUUGGCGACUCCAGAGGGUUUGGCAGUUGACUGGAUCGCUGGAAACAUCUACUGGGUGGAGAGUAACCUGGAUCAGAUUGAGGUGGCCAAACUGGAUGGUACAAUGCGCACCACUCUACUGGCAGGUGAUGUGGAGCACCCUCGAGCCAUCGCCCUCGACCCCAGAGAGGGAAUCUUGUUUUGGACUGACUGGGACGCCAGCAUGCCGAGGAUAGAGGCAGCGUCCAUGAGUGGUCACGGCAGGCGCACCAUCCAUAAGGAAACAGGCAGUGGAGGAUGGCCCAAUGGAUUGACCGUAGACUAUCUUGAGCGUCGCAUCCUCUGGAUAGAUGCCAGAUCUGAUGCCAUCUAUUCAGCCAAAUAUGAUGGAUCUGGCCUGAUCGAGGUGCUCCGAGGACACGAGUAUCUCUCUCAUCCAUUCGCCGUCACCAUGUACGGAGGAGAAGUUUACUGGACCGACUGGCGCACAAACACACUGGCCAAAGCAAACAAGUGGACGGGAAACAAUGUGACUGUAGUCCAGAGAACAAACACACAACCCUUUGAUCUACAGGUGUACCACCCAUCUAGACAACCACAAGCACCAAACCCAUGUGCCGCUAACGGUGGAUUGGGUCCCUGCUCUCAUCUGUGUCUGAUCAACUAUAACCAGACCUUCUCAUGUGCCUGUCCUCAUCUCAUGAGACUGAGCCCGGACAACCAAACCUGCUUCGAGUCACGCCAGUUCCUGCUCUACGCCCGUCAGAUUGAGAUACGAGGGGUGGACAUCUUUAACCCAUACUACAACUACAUCAUCUCAUUCACUGUCCCUGACAUUGACAACGUCACGGCGGUGGAUUACGACGCUCUCGAGCAGCGUAUCUAUUGGUCUGAUGUUCGGACCCAGACCAUCAAGCGGGCUUUUAUCAAUGGCACAGGCAUAGAGACUGUUGUGUCUGCAGAUAUUCCUAAUGCUCAUGGUCUGGCGGUGGACUGGGUCUCACGUAAUCUCUUCUGGACCAGUUAUGAUGCCAAUAAGAAACAGAUUAAUGUCGCCAGACUCGAUGGCUCCUUCAAAAAUGCUGUUAUCCAAGGCCUGGAUAAGCCUCAUUGCCUUGUGCUGCAUCCCAUACUGGGGAAGCUCUACUGGACUGAUGGAGAUAACAUCAGUAUGGCCAACACUGACGGCACAAACCGUACGGUGAUCUUCACCAGUCAGAAAGCCCCAGUGGGUCUGUCCAUAGACUUUCAUACAGAGCAACUGUACUGGAUCAGCUCUGGAAACAGCACCAUCAACCGCUGUAAACUGGACGGAUCAGGACUGGAGGUGUUGGAUGGUGUCAAAGGCAAACUGAACAAGGCCUCAGCUCUGGCUAUCAUGGGUGAUAAGUUGUGGUGGGCGGACCAGGGCACAGAUCAGAUUGGCACGUGCGAUAAGAGUGACGGAGGAAACUGGCGAGUCUUGAGAAAUGGCACAUCUCCCAUGAUGCACAUGAAGAUCUACAAUGAGACUGUGCAGACAGGUUCAAACCUGUGCAGUAAUAAUAAUGGUGACUGCUCGCAGCUGUGUCUCCCCACAUCUCCAUCCACCCGUGCAUGUAUGUGCACUGCAGGAUACAGCCUGAAGAGUGGACAGCAGUCCUGCGAGGGUGUGGGUUCGUUCCUGCUGUACUCCGUUCAUGAGGGAAUUCGAGGAAUUCCACUGGACCCUGCUGAUAAAUCUGAUGCCCUCGUACCCGUUUCAGGCACAUCACUCGCAGUCGGCAUUGAUUUUCAUGCUGAUAAUGACACCAUCUAUUGGGUGGACAUGGGUUUAAGCACCAUCAGCAGAGCUAAGAGAGAUCAGACAUGGAGAGAGGAUGUGAUCACUAAUGGCAUUGGACGCGUGGAGGGCAUCGCUGUCGACUGGAUCGCUGGAAACAUCUAUUGGACCGAUCAGGGCUUUGAUGUGAUUGAGGUCGCCAGACUAAAUGGUUCGUUUCGAUAUGUGGUCAUCUCACAAGGCCUGGACAAACCCCGGGCCAUUACUGUACAUCCUGCGAAAGGGUAUCUGUUCUGGACAGAGUGGGGUCAGUACCCACGCAUAGAAAGAUCUCGUCUGGAUGGAUCUCAGAGAGCCGUGCUGGUGAAUGUCAGUAUUAGCUGGCCCAAUGGCAUCUCUAUUGACUAUGAGGAGGGAUUUCUGUACUGGUGUGAUGCUCGGACAGAUAAGAUCGAGCGUAUUCAUUUAGAGACGGGCGAGAACAGAGAAGUGGUGCUGUCCAGUAACAACAUGGACAUGUUCUCCGUAUCUGUGUUUGAGAGUUAUAUUUACUGGAGCGACCGGACUCACGCGAACGGUUCGAUAAAACGUGGCAGUAAAGACAACGCCACAGAUUCAGUAGCGCUGAGGACAGGCAUCGGUGUACAACUUAAAGACAUUAAAGUCUUUAACAGAGCUAGACAACAAGGAACGAAUGUAUGCAAGAACAAGAACGGUGGAUGUCAACAGCUAUGUCUUUACCGCGGUAACAGUCAGCGCACAUGUGCUUGUGCUCAUGGAAUGCUUUCCGAGGACGGUCAGGGUUGCCGUGACUACGACGGAUACCUGCUUUAUUCAGAGCGUACUAUACUAAAGAGCGUGCACUUAUCAGACGAGAAUAACCUCAAUGCACCUAUUAAACCGUUUGAAGAUCCUGACCACAUGAAAAACGUCAUCGCACUAACAUUUGACUACCGUGGGGGAGGAGGAAAAGGAGCCAAUCGGAUCUUCUACAGUGACAUCCACUUUGGAAAUAUUCAACAGAUCAAUGACGACGGAUCGGACCGGAAAACAGUGGUUGAGAAUGUUGGGUCAGUGGAAGGUUUGUCGUAUCAUAGGGCAUGGGAUACGUUAUACUGGACCAGUUACACCACUUCCACCAUUACCCGUCACACUGUGGACCAGAGCCGUUGGGGGGCUUUCGACCGUGACAUAGUGGUCACCAUGUCAGGAGAUGAUCACCCGCGGGCAUUUGUGCUGGAUGAGUGUCAGAAUUUGAUGUUUUGGACCAACUGGAAUGAGCAAUCUCCCAGUAUCAUGCGUGCUCAGCUGUCUGGUGCCAAUGUUCUCGUGAUCAUUGGCAGUGACAUUCGCACUCCAAAUGGACUCGCCAUCGAUCAUCGUGCAGAGAAACUGUAUUUCUCCGACGCUACGCUUGAUAAGAUUGAGCGUUGCGAGUAUGACGGCACUCAUCGAUAUGUUGUUCUUAAGAAUGAACCAGUGCACCCCUUCGGUUUGGCCGUUUACGGUGAUCAUAUCUUCUGGACGGACUGGGUGCGCAGAGCGGUUCUCAGAGCUGACAAAUAUGUUGGUGGAGACAUGAAGGUGUUACGAGCUGAUAUUCCACAACAGCCAAUGGGAAUCACCGCUGUGGCCAACGAUACAAAUAGCUGUGAGUUCUCGUCCUGUCGGGUGAAUAAUGGGGGCUGUCAGGACCUGUGUCUGCUGACAUCAGACGGACGAGUUAACUGUAGCUGCCGCGGCGAGAGGAAACUGCUAGUGGACAACACCUGCAUAGCUCAGAACACAUCAUGUAACAGUAUGGAUGACUUUGAGUGCGGAAAUGGAGACUGUAUCAAAUACACGCUCACGUGUGACGGCAUGGCCCACUGCAAAGACAAAUCUGAUGAGAAGCAGUCGUACUGCACUAAUCGUGUGUGUAAGAAGGCCUAUAAGCGCUGUGUCAAUGGACGCUGUGUCAGUCACAGAUCCUGGUGUAAUGGCCGAGAUGAUUGCGGUGAUAACUCAGAUGAACUCUUCUGUAAUGCAACAGCAUGCACAGCGGAUCAGUUUCAGUGUAGAGAUGGAUUGUGUGUGUCCAACUCCAGUCGCUGUAACCAGGUGUUGGAUUGUGAUGAUGCCAGCGAUGAAAUGAACUGCCCGGCUGCUGAUUGUUCCAGUUAUUUUCGUCUGGGUGUGAAGGGGGUCACCUAUCAGCGCUGUGAGUUUACUUCACUGUGUUAUUCCCCGACGUGGGUCUGUGACGGGUCGAACGACUGUGGAGAUUUCUCAGAUGAAAGAAACUGUCCAGAUAAGACGAAGAGAAAGUGUCCGUCCAACUUUUUCACCUGUUCCAAUGGCCGCUGCAUCCCUAUGAGCUGGACCUGUGACAAAGAGAAUGACUGUGAGAACGGAGAUGAUGAGGCACACUGCAAUAAGUUUUGCUCAGCGAUGGAGUUUGAGUGCAUGAAUCAUCGCUGUAUCUCCAACAGCUGGGUUUGUGAUGGGACAGAUGACUGUGGAGACGCCUCAGAUGAGGACAGCAAAUGCAAAAAUAAGACGUGCAGUCCGGAGGCAUUCCAGUGUCCUGACUCGCACAAGUGUGUCCCUCAGCACUGGGUGUGCGACGGAGAAAGAGACUGUUCGGAUGGAGCUGACGAAAGUGUGAAGGCUGGCUGUGUGUUCAAUAACACAUGUAAGGCAGGAGAGUUCAUGUGUCAGAACAGACAGUGUAUCCCUAAACACUUUGUGUGUGAUCAUGACAAUGACUGUGGUGAUGGAUCUGAUGAAUCAAUGGAGUGUGAGUAUCCUGCUUGUAAGGCCAAUGAGUUUCGCUGUGAUAAUGGCCGCUGUCUGAUUCAGAAGUCCUGGGAGUGUGACGGAGAGUUUGACUGUCAUGAUCAUUCAGACGAAGCUCCCAAAAAUCCUCACUGUAACAGUCCUGCUGAAAAAAAGUGUAAUGAGACGACAUAUGCAUGUGGAAAUGGCAGAUGCAUCAAUGAGACGUUACUGUGUGAUCGUAAUGAUGACUGUGGUGAUGGUACAGAUGAACUCAACUGCUUCAUUGAUGAAUGUGUGAACAGUAAACUGAGCGGCUGCUCUCAACUGUGUGAAGAUCUAAAGAUUGGCUUUAAGUGCAGGUGUCACCCUGGCUUUAGACUGAAGGAUGAUGGGAAAACCUGUGUGGAUAUAGACGAGUGCAGCAGCACAUAUCCAUGCACACAGCACUGCAUGAAUACACACGGUAGUUUCCGCUGUAUGUGUGUGGAUGGGUUUCAGCUCAGCCCCACUGACCCCACCGUCUGCAAGUCCACCUCUGACGAGGAGCCGUUCCUCAUCUUUGCCAACCGUUACUACUUGAGGAAGCUCAGUCUGGAUGGCACAAACUACACUCUUUUAAAACAGGGUUUGAACAACGCGGUUGCUUUAGAUUUUGAUUAUCGGCAGCAGAUGAUCUACUGGACUGAUGUGACAUCUCAAGGCAGCAUGAUACGACGCAUGCACAUGAAUGGCAGCAAUGUACAGGUUCUUCACCGCACAUCUCUCAGUAACCCUGAUGGUUUGGCUGUUGAUUGGGUGGGUGGAAACCUGUACUGGUGUGAUAAAGGACGGGACACUAUUGAGGUAUCCAAGUUGAAUGGCGCAUACAGGACUGUGUUGGUCAACACGGGACUGCGGGAACCCAGGGCCAUAGCUGUAGAUGUCCGAAAUGGAUAUCUAUACUGGUCAGAUUGGGGUGAUAAUCCUCAUAUCGGACGCAUUGGGAUGGACGGCACUAACAGAAGUGCAAUCGUCCAGGAUAAGAUAACAUGGCCCAAUGGACUCACUCUGGACUUUAUUAAUGAUCGAAUCUACUGGGCCGACGCCAGAGAGGACUACAUUGAAUUUGCCAGCUUGGAUGGAACCAACAGACACACGGUUUUAAGUCAGGACAUUCCGCACAUCUUUGCCAUGACUUUGUUCGAGGAGUACAUCUACUGGACCGACUGGGAGACCAAAUCCAUCAACAGAGCUCACAAGACCCUUGGGACAAACAAGACCAUGCUGAUCAGCACCCUGCACAGACCCAUGGACAUUCACAUCUACCAUCCCUACAGACAACCUGAAGUCACAAAUCACCCGUGUCAGACGGACAACGGCGGCUGCAGUAACUUGUGUCUUCUGUCUCCCGGUGGAGGUUAUAAAUGUGCCUGCCCCACUAAUUUCUACCUUGCCGCUGAUGGGAAACAGUGCAUGUCCAACUGCACCGCCAGCCAGUAUGUCUGCAAGAAUGACAAGUGUAUUCCUUUCUGGUGGAAAUGCGACACAGAGGAUGACUGUGGCGACCGAUCCGACGAGCCUGCCGACUGCCCUGAGUUUAAAUGCAGACCUGGUCAGUUCCAGUGUGGCACUGGCAUCUGCACAAACCCAGCGUACAUCUGUGAUGGAGACAACGACUGCCAGGACAACUCUGAUGAAGCCAACUGUGAUAUCCACGUGUGUUUGCCCAGUCAGUUUAAAUGCACAAAUCCCAGUCGCUGUAUUCCAGGAAUAUUCCGCUGUAACGGUCAGGACAACUGUGGCGAGGGAGAGGAUGAGAAAGAUUGCCCGGAGGUGACGUGUGCACCUAACCAGUUCCAGUGCUCUGUAACUAAACGCUGUAUCCCUCGGGUAUGGGUGUGUGAUCGUGACAAUGACUGUGUGGACGGAUCUGAUGAACCUGCCAACUGCACUCAAAUGACGUGUGGUGUGGAUGAGUUUCGCUGUAAAGACUCCGGCCGCUGUAUCCCAGCUCGCUGGAAAUGUGAUGGAGAGGACGACUGUGGCGACUCUUCGGAUGAACCCAAAGAGGAGUGCGAUGAGAGAACGUGUGAGCCAUAUCAGUUUCGUUGUAAAAACAACCGCUGUGUGCCUGGCCGCUGGCAGUGUGACUAUGACAAUGACUGCGGUGACAACUCAGAUGAGGACAAGUGUGUGCCUAGGAAAUGCUCUGAGAGUGAGUUUGCAUGCACUAGCGGUCGAUGUAUCGCUGGCCGAUGGAAGUGUGAUGGAGACCAUGACUGUGCUGAUGGAUCGGAUGAGCACGGUUGUGACAUGAAAUGCGAUAAUGACCAGUUUCAGUGUAAGAAUGGUCACUGUAUCCCGUUCCGCUGGAGGUGCGACGCAGAUGCAGACUGCAUGGAUGGCAGCGAUGAGGAGAACUGUGAUGCUGGAGUGGGUCGAUACUGCCUCCUGGAUGAGUUUCAGUGUAAUAACACUUUGUGCAAGCCGCUGUCCUGGAGGUGUGAUGGUGAGGAUGACUGUGGAGAUAACUCGGAUGAAAACCCAGAAGAGUGCAAAAGAUUUCAAUGUCCUCCCACCAGACAGUUUAGAUGCCAUAAUGACCGAGUGUGUCUGCCAGUGUCUAAACAAUGCGACGGUGUUGACAACUGUGGAGACAACAGCGAUGAACUAAACUGCCAAACCCCUGCCCAUGUGCCCUGCGGUAAGGACGAGUUUACAUGCAGUAACGGCAAGUGUAUAAGCGCAGACUUGCGCUGCAAUUACUUCAACGACUGUGAGGACUACGGCUCCGACGAGAUCAGCUGCAACAAGAAAGAUUCAGGUCUGUACGAAUGCCACCAGAACCGCAGUCUGUGCGGAGAAGAAGCCCACUGUGUGAUAAACCGGACCGACAGCUUCUGCUCCUGCAGACCCGGCUUCCAGAAAACACUGCAGCAGAUUUGCACAGAUGUAAACGAGUGCAAGCAGUUCGGGAUCUGUUCUCACAUCUGUAACAACACAAAGGGCUCCCACAAAUGCAGCUGCCACAAGUACUUCACCAAAGUCAACAACACCUGCAAAACUGACAGCAGUGAUAAACAAGUUCUGUACGUCGCAGAUGAUAAUGAAAUUCGCAGUCUGUAUCCUGGAAUGCAAAACUGGAUAUACGAACAAGCCUUCCAGGGAGAUGCAAACGUCCGAAUUGACGCAAUGGACCUGCACAUUAAAUCCAAACGGAUCUUCUGGACUAACUGGCACACCGGCAGAAUCUCAUCUUUCGAGCAGCCGUCUAAUGGACCUGCAUCGCCAAAUUCAAACCGUAACCGGCGACAAACCGAUUCCAGAGUGACUGAUCUAGAGAUCCCUGGAUUAAAGAUGCCUCGUGGGAUAGCUGUUGACUGGGUGGCCAACAACAUUUACUGGACAGACUCGGGACGUGAUGUCAUUGAGGUGGCACAAAUGAAUGGACGUCAUCGUAAAACUCUCAUCUCAGGCAUGAUUGAUGAACCUUACGCCAUUGUGGUGGAUCCUCAGAGGGGCACUAUGUACUGGGCCGACUGGGGAAACCACCCUAAGAUUGAGACUGCAGCUAUGGACGGUACAAUGAGAGAGACCCUGGUACAUGAAAACAUUCAGUGGCCCACAGGUUUAGCUGUGGAUUACUUCAAUGAGCGACUGUACUGGGCUGAUGCUAAACUCUCUGUUAUUGGAAGUGUGAGAUUGAAUGGCACAGAUCCGGUCAUAGCCGUUUCCAACAUUAAGAACAAUUUGCAUCAUCCCUUCAGCAUUGACAUCUUUGAGGAUUUUAUCUAUGGUGUGACCUACCAGAACAACUUUGUCUUCCGAGUUAACAAGUUUGGUAAAGGAUCUGUUGAGCAUCUGACCACAGGCAUGAAUCAUGCCACCGAUCUGGUCCUGUACCACCCUUACAAACAGCCAGAGAUGACAAACCCAUGUGAUAGGAAGAAAUGUGAGUGGUUAUGUCUGCUCAGUCCCAGUGGUCCAGUUUGCACCUGUCCAAACGGCCGAGUACUAGACAACGGCACCUGUAUGGAGGUGCCCACGCCCACACUCUCACCUGUCUCUCCGAGUGGCCCCUGUAAUCUACAGUGCCUGAACGGUGGCACCUGUGUGCUGAAUGCCAGGAAACAGCCCAAGUGCCGCUGUCAGCCCAACUAUGCAGGAGACAACUGUGAGAAAAACCAGUGCAGAGAUUACUGCCAGAACGGAGGGACCUGUACUGCAUCUCCUACAGGAGCUCCAACUUGCCGCUGUCUAGCAGGAUUUACAGGACCCAACUGUAACAAACCUACAUGUCUGAAUUACUGUAAGAAUGGAGGAAACUGUACGGUUAAUCAGGGUAACCAGCCAACCUGCAGCUGCCCUACAGACUUGCUGGGAGAUCAGUGUCAGUACCGAAAGUGUGAUGGAUUUUGUGAUCAUGGAGGAACAUGUAUGCAGUCCAGCGACGGGUCGAGACAAUGUCGCUGUUCUCCGCGAUUCAUCGGCAACAACUGUGAAGUGGACAAAUGUCAUUACUGCCGUGAUGGAAAGUGUAUUCACACUAAUGACCAACAGCCUAAUGGAGACGUUACAUGCAGUUGUACCAAUGGCAAAAUCCAGCCAAGCUGUUACACAUGUGAAGGAUACUGUGCUAAUGGGCAAUGCUCCUUCGGACCCACAAACCUCCCACAAUGCAAAUGUCCCCUUGGAUGGGAGGGGCAUCGUUGUGAAAAUCCUGCCACCAAUAUGGACACAGAAUCCAGUGGCCGCACAGCUUCAGUAGUGAUUCCUGUGAUUUUACUCAUACUGCUGCUGCUGCUCAUUGGAGGAGCUGUGUUCUGGUACAGAAAAAGGAUGAGAGGAGCUAAAGGAUUUCAGCAUCAAAGAAUGACCAAUGGCCCGAUGAACGUUGAGAUUGGGAACCCAGCCUAUAAAAUCUAUGAGGGAGAACAAGAUGAGGAUGUUGGAGAAUUGCUAGAUGCUGAUUUCACGCUGGAUCCAGACAAGCCAACCAACUUCACAAAUCCUGUGUAUGCUACUCUGUACAUGGGAGCGCACAACAGUCGCAAUUCUUUGGCCAGCACAGAUGAGAAGAAGGAGCUGCUAUCACGGGCCGACGAGGAGCCGCUGGUGGAUCCCCUGGUGUAGACCUGGUGUCUUUUCAGUUUUAUCAAAGAAGAAAAAAACGCUUUGCCUUUUUGAGAAAAAGAAUAAGAGCAGAAAAAGGAAGUCAAUCGUAAAGUGUUAUCACUGUAUAAAUGUACAAAACGAAGGACUACUUUUGUAUGUGAUUGCAGUAUUAUUAUAUUUUGUUCUUUUACAACUCUUCUGGUCAGAACAAAAAUCAAGAGAAGAAAGUAACAUUUUCUAUUACAAAAACAGAAGAAAGUUUUAUUCGUUUCUCAUUUUAUAGGUCACACCCCCUUUACCCUAAUAGCCACUACCUCUGUGCAAUAUGGAGUCAAAAUGAAAAAAAAAUGGAACAAUGACAUUUUUUUUAUUUUUGUAUGAGAAAAAUCUUGUUCCAUCAGUAUAGUGCCAACUGUUGUAUGUUUGAGUGGUUAAGUUUGUCAUGAAACCAUUAAUACUGUUGUCUCUGUGAUGUUGUUUGUUUUAAACUUACUACAGUAUCAAGCAGAUGAGAUGCCAGUUUUACUCCUCCUGUACCAAGCUCAUUAUUGUGACGUGUUAUUGUUUCCUCUUGAACAUAUCCAAGGCAUUUCCAUAUUACAUUUGAAGAAAGUUUUAACACAGCAGAUUUUUGUUUAACUGAUGCUUCAAAGCUUUAGAUCAUACAAAGAUAACACACUUGACUGAAAUGUUUGUUGUAUUAAAGAAAUGAUUUAAAGCUUCUGCUUAAAUGCUUUACAUUUUUUAGACGGCAAUGACGUGAGUAUACUGUAAGAGAGUAUCCAGACUUUUGACUGAUAGUCUGGUACUGUUUAUUUUUAGAUAAAUGAAGUAAAGGAUGGCUUUUUUUCGAAAAUAGAAAGCUGCUUAAACGUAAAUGGCAAAACAAUUGAAGCACACUGACAUGUGCAUUUUUAAGCUUUAUCGCAUCUUUAAGACCACAACAAAUUCUUUAAAAACACUUUUAUCUUGUCUUUUGUAAGCUUUUGCUGACUGUGUUGUAUUUGUCUCUGUUAUUUUCUCUAUAUCUUACUGCUCGGCCGAUCACUAAGAUAUUGCUUUUGUUGGAAUGGUCAUCAGCCAUAUUGUAAAGUUAUGUUUAAAACCGACAUGUCUUACGCACAGAAUAAUGCAGUUCCUAUAGCACCAAAUCAUUCAUAUCUACAGCAGCAAUGAUAAUGAAUCAGAUUUUAUUUUUUGGAAAUCACAACUAUGAUUCUCAUCUCGGAUCAAUUUCUAAUAUCACAUGUUCACUCAGUUGUAUUGAAAAAUAAAAUCACACAGCUUUUAUAGUAAAAAUGUACAGAAGGCUUAACAUUGGAAAGCAUAAUGUUGAAAAUUUGACUGGAGUACUUUAUUAACUAAAUAACAUAUUGUCAUAAAUAAAAGUCUUAAUCCUUG